AGCCACACCCACGUGCUCGCGAACGUGAGAGGACAGCUGCGUUCUCGCCCACCGCCGGCUAGCUAGAUCAAUGUUAGGCCUGAGAUACCUCCGAGCGACCGGAUCAGCCGUGCUGAGGGCGAAGCACCACUCGACCGGCUCAAGCGGUGACGUACAGAGAGUUACACUCAUCAAAGGAGAUGGAAUUGGACCUGAAAUAUCUGAGGCAGUUAUUAACAUCUUCAAAGCAGCGAAGGUGCCAGUUGCAUGGGACUGUGUAAGUGUUGCACCAGUGAGGACGCCUGAUGGACACGUCACUGUUCCUGAAGAAGUCAUCCACUCCAUGCAGAAGAACAAGAUUGGACUAAAAGGACCUUUGGAAACACAAGUGGGGAAAGGUGCAGUGUCUCUCAACUUGACUCUGAGAAGAGUGUUCAAUCUGUAUGCGAAUGUGCGACCAUGUGUGUCACUGGAAGGCUACAAGACAGGCUAUGAUGGAGUAAAUCUGGUGACCAUAAGAGAGAACACUGAGGGAGAGUACAGUGGAAUAGAACAUGAGGCAAGGAUGGCACUAAACAGAGUUCCCCAAUUCACCUCCCAUUCAAUGCAGGUAGUUGAGGGUGUGGUACAGAGCAUCAAACUCAUAACUAAGACAGCUUCUGAGAGGGUGGCUCGGUUUGCCUUUGAGUAUGCCAGUACUCACGGGAGAAGGAAAGUAACUGCUGUGCACAAGUCCAACAUCAUGCGUCGAGCAGACGGCCUCUUUCUUGCCUGCUGCAGCCAAGUGGCUGCCAACUAUCCUCAAAUCACAUAUUCUGAUAUGUAUCUGGAUACUGCAUGCCUAAAUCUGGUUCAAGAUCCCUCUCAGUUUGAUGUUCUGGUGAUGCCCAACUUGUAUGGAGACAUACUGAGUGACUUGUGUGCUGGUCUGGUUGGUGGGCUUGGCCUUACCCCCUCAGGAAACAUUGGUGCAGAUGGAGUGGCCAUCUUUGAGGCUGUCCAUGGCACAGCCCCAGACAUUGCUGGUGAGGAUAAAGCCAACCCAACAGCUCUUCUUCUGUCAGCUGUGAUGAUGCUAAGGCACAUGGGCUUCCAGGAACAUGCACAAAAAGUUGAAGGAGCCAUCCUAAAAACAAUCCGUGAAGCUAAGAUGUUGACUGGUGAUCUUGGGGGCUCUGCCUUGUGCUCUCAGUACACUCAGGAGAUCAUUAACAACCUCGGGUGACAAAAGCAUUCAUGGCAAGACCUCUUUUCAUUAUCAGCUUUUAUCCAUGCAAGUGCUGAGCACUCUCGUAAUAAUUAAAUCUGUCAUGUCCUGAUUUGCUGCUCAAUUCUGUGGGCCAUCAUUCUGUCUAUUCUGGCCUGUCUCCAAUGCACAACUACCAGUGAGAGAGAUCCGACCAACACAGCGAUGGCCUGUGCUGGCAGAAAUUGUCAAUUGUCAAUAUAUAACUGUAUCAGUAUGAUAUUACAGUUCAUGGACCUGUAAUAUCCAGAAUGCUCUCUGCUUGUUGUGAUCCGCAAGGUAGUGACAGCUG